UUCAUCUUCCUACAUCAAGGUCAAGCAGAAACCCGUUUUCCGAACAUCGUGAAGGCCUCAGUGGCGAGUUACCUACCCAAGAGACACAGAAAGUGGGUAACUAGUCAUCAUCGAAUCAGGCAUUUCUGGCAAUGUCAGAGGAUGGGCACGAUGACUUCAACGACGAUGUGCCCCUCCAACACAAGAGGCCCUUCGGUUCAGGCCUCAGGAGAAACGAGAUCAAGUUUGUGCCCGCAUCCACCGAAGACCCCAAUGCGACAAUAGGUGGCCAUGCAGAUGCAAAAACACAGGGCAAGUCGAUCAGCAACUUCUAUCUGAACAUGGUCUUGAAGAUGGAAAAAGAUUCAGAUGAAUCCAAUUCCCAAGGAUCAAAUCAGACCGAAGACGUGAGCACUGAAGAGGUAUGCGAGAUCUGCAAACUGCCCAUAAUAUCAGCGCAAGCAGCGGGCAAUGGCAAGCAGGAGAAGGGCAAGAGCAGUAGUCGCCACGAGGCCUCGAUCGCACACCAGGUCUGCCUCACCCACUCGCACCCGCCGUCCGCCAUCGUGCGAUCCCGCAUGGGCCUCUCCGUCCUCGAGUCCCAAGGGUGGGACCCUGACUCCAGGGCCGGGCUGGGCGCCGCGGGGCAAGGUGUUCAGUAUCCUCUCAAGCCCAAGCCCAAGGAUGAUCACUUUGGGAUCGGGGUGGUGGUGCCCAAAGAUUCCCAGGUGAAGAAGAAGGAGAGGCCGAAAUUGUUAGAUGCAAAGAAGGUGCGCAAGAUGGCGGCUGACGAUCGGAAGAAGACGGACAGGCUGCAGCAGCAGAUCUUUGGGCGAGUUGAUCUGGAGAAGUAUUUGGGCAAGGGCGCAUGA